CUCUCAUUGGGCCGGCGGCUGGUGACGUCCCGGGGCGCGGGCCGCAGUGUUGUGGAUACGUGUGUUUGUGAGGUGAUUCUUCGGCGUGGAGCGCACGUGGCGCCUCAGAAGCACACCGUAUCGCUCGCUGCUUGUGGCUGGAGUUAGGCUUUGCACUUAACCCUACAUGUUCCAGCAGAGUGUGGGACGAGUUGUUAAUGAAUGGACCUCCAUUUCUUUACGAGCGCGGAUUGUGACAGUGCCGAUGGGGGCGCUGCGUUUUCUGGCCGGCAUUUGUUGUCGGCGGGGGAGGAGGCUCCUUCUUCUCUGGACGCUGCGGCGCUUCAGCUUAUGCUUGACAUGUAUGGGCAAAGCAAGUUUCCUGGGGGGAAUGACAGUUACCUGACCAUCACAGGAUCUGGACACCCCUUCUUGACUGGGACAGAGACGUUUCAUACACCAAGCCUAGGGGAUGAGGAAUUUGAGAUCCCACCUAUUUCUCUAGAUUCUGACCCUUCUUUGGCAGUCUCUGAUGUGGUUGGACACUUUGAUGACCUUGAGGAUCCUACUGGAGUCCAAGAUGCAGGUUUUGCGGCACAAUAUGGAGUUCAGACUCUGGACAUGCCAGUGGAGAUGACUCACGAGGUUAUGGAGCAAACUGGAGGACUGCUUGGGUCUGGAUUAACGAUGGAUUUGGACCACCCUAUUGUCACCGCUUACAGUGCCAAUCCCCCAGUCACCAUAGAUGUUUCAAUGACCGACAUAUCAUCUGGUCUUCUGGCUCAUAAUCAGCUAACUACUAUUGAUCAGUCCGAGCUGAGCUCCCAGCUAGGCCUGAGCCUUGGCGGUGGUACUAUUUUACCUCCAGUUCAGUCUCCUGAGGAUCAUCUUUCUCCUACCCCUUCUCCAACCAGCUCUCUGCAUGAUGAGGACAUGGAAGACUUUAGAAGGAUAACUGCCCCUAAGAAUAUUGUUGUUGAACAAGCAAAGAAACAGAAAGCCUCCAAAAAACGGAAGAAGAAAAAUCCCAAUGAGCCUCAAAAACCACUUUCUGCAUAUGCUCUGUUUUUCCGGGACACCCAAGCGGCCAUCAAGGGACAAAACCCCAAUGCCACUUUUGGGGAAGUAUCCAAAAUUGUGGCUUCGAUGUGGGACAGCCUUGGAGAAGAGCAGAAGCAGGUUUACAAACGGAAAACAGAAGCUGCAAAAAAGGAAUAUUUGAAGGCUUUGGCAUUGUACAAGGAAAACCAGAUGUCACAGGUUGUUGUUGAGACCCUGGAACUGGAACCUUCUGCUGCACCGGCUGUACUUUCGGAAUCACCAGUUCCAUCCCCUUCUGUUGUGACAGCUUCUAGUGCUCCACCGUGUGCUUCACCGCCACCUACUAAUACCCAAGCACCAACUCCACCCCCUGCCCCUACACCACCACCACCCCAGUUAGCUGCCCCUCCUCAGCCCAGCAUUGCUAAAAUAAUCAUUUCAAAGCAAAUGCUGCAGGCAGGACAAAUUCCCACAUCUAUUGCAAUGUCUCAAGGCAUGGUGACCGUAAUCCCGGCCACUGUGGUAACUUCCAGAGGCCUUCCUCUUCAUCAGUUACAGCCCAGCCCACAAGCGCGAAUUACACGUUCUGUACUUCAAGCAGCGAGACAGUUACCCCCACGCUUACAUCCUCCACCGUUACAGCAGAUGCAGCAGCCCCCACGUCUACAGCAGAUGGCCCCGUCACAGCAGCCAUCCAUUACUAUACUUCAGUCACCCCCACCAUUGCAGCCUAUGCAGAAAGUGCGGCUCAGUAUGCAUCAGCCACCUCCAUUGCAGAUCAAGAUCAUACCCCCUCCUCUACAACCGCAACCACAGACUGUUCAAGUCCAAGCAAAAACCAUCCCAAUUAUCAACGUACCCACCUCACCGGAGGUCUCCGUGUCACCAGAACAUUUAGAAGUAGUAACAGAAGUUGUUCAAGAAGAGUCUCCCCCUUCGCAGAUGGAUGUUGAAAUAGUCAGGGGUUCUCCCCCUCACAGCCCAUCUCCCCAGCCACGGUGCAUACGUUCUGGAUGUGAGAAUCCCCCUAUAGAGAGUAAGGAUUGGGAUAAUGAGUACUGCAGCAACGAGUGCGUGGUGAAACAUUGUAGAGACACCUUUACGGCUUGGAUUGCAGCCCGAAAUCAAGGGACACUUGCUUCUGUGAAAUAACACUGGUUACCCCUUGGUAGGAUUAUUAUGUGGGAGCCUGAGGAAAGAUGUUCCAAACUCUGAAGAAUAAUGCCAACCUGAAAAAACAGCUUUUUUAGUGACUGUUGUGUAUAUAUGAUCUGAGCAAGGCAAGGACUUCAUUGUGCGGAGGAAACUGUGCCAUGGGGCAACUAGACAACAAAACAGAUGGGUCCCUGUGCUUCUUACUCGUUGGAUACAAAUUCAGUUGUCACCCCUCAGUUCUAUGGAUAUGUACAACUGCCUAAACAUUGUGUUGCCUCUCUGUGAGGAAGCAUGUAAAUUGUUUUAUGACUUCAAGACAUCAGUGCAGGAAUCAUGAGAAGAGGAUGUACCCCACCGAUCUUUAGUGUUGUCUCGCUUUGGUAUAUAAUGCAGUCUCAGACUAAACAGUUUACAAACACCUUGGGGGCAGUUUUUUUUAAUGAUUGCAUUUGACUCAUUUUGGGAUGAUAAUCAUUCUUUUAAUUUUAACAGUUUUUGUCCUACAGGGUUAAGUUUCAGGCUGUCUGCAGAGUGUCUUACUUUCAGUUUCACACUGACGGCCGGAUGUGUAGCCCUCAUCUCUGAACUCCUGACAGCUCCUACACUCUCAUUUAAGCCAUAGCCUUGUCAGUUUGAUAAGAAUUGAGCUAUAAGUGCUUGUUUAUGAGCUGCCAGUAGUUCAGAGAUGAGGGCUACACAUCCGGCCGUCAGUGUGAAACUGAAAGUAAGACACUCUGCAGAUAGGCUGAAACUUAGGGGCAAAAACAGUUGAACAUUUUCAAUAAAGACCAAUUGAAAAAAAAUAUAUUUUUUAGCCCAAAUUGAGUAAAAUGAAAUUU